CAUUCAAGUAGUCUACAUUUUCAACUGUUUUUUUAUAUUUUUUCUUCUUUUUCUUGUAUGGCUUCCAACACGUCAAAGGCUAUUUUAUUCAACAUACCCGAGAAAGGGAGUUGGGAAAUACCUCGCAAGAUAUUUCACUACUCGAUUGGCUUCGUUGUACUUUAUCUUUAUGUGAACGACGGAAGAGCACAAGAUGUCUAUCCUUUCCUUACAGUAUUCUUAGUAUUUGUGGCUUCUUUGGAAUUGCUUCGGUUCAAUUUCGACUGGUUCAAUAGACUCUAUUGCUCUGUUGUAGGCCCACUCAUGAGACCAACCGAGGUUCAAUCUCGAUUCAAUGGUGUUGUCUAUUACUUGUUAGGCUGUAUUAUUGUUCUCUAUUGGUUUCCCUUAGAUUUAGCUGCACUCUCCAUUAUUUAUUUAUCAUGGACAGACCCUACAGCAAGUAUCUGUGGUCGUUUAUGGGGUAAAUAUACUCCUCAAUACAAAGGUAAGAGUUUGGCUGGUUCCCUGGGUGCUGUGGUAAUGGGCUCCCUUGUGACCUAUGUGUUCUUUGGUCCCUUGGCCUUUUAUUAUCAGCAGCCUUUGUCCUACCACUACCAGUAUCCCUUAUGGCUCGUAUCUCUUUAUGGUGGUCUCGUGGCCGGAUUCUCGGAAGGUGUCAGUAAUUCGUUUGGUUUAGAUGAUAAUUUGACUAUUCCUGUCAUUAGUGCUGUAUUGUUAUGGAUACCUUUUUUUUAUAUAUAGACACACUUGUUUUUUUUUUUUUUU